AGGGCUCAAGCGAUGACACCUUGCCGCCAUGUCUGCGGGACCAGCCGUGCCCCGUAAGCUGGCAUGCCAACGGGGCAGGAUAGCAAGGUGGCUGAGAGCCGCACUGAAGCCCGACCCCGUUUGAAGCCACGCGGCCUGAAGCCACGAGUGCUCAAGCUGAUCAAUGUGCUGCGGUUGCUGUCUUUGGGAAGGCAUCGAAGGAGGGCUUCUAGCAGCUCUCGGCAGGCGGCAAGACGGAUUGCAGAGCCGCUGACCGAUGCAGAAGAGGCAUUUCUCGGCAAAGUGCUAUCCUUCGUACCGUUGAUGGCCAGAACCUCCAAGCUGCUGAGACCAUUUCUAGAUGGGGAAUGUGUGGAUGACAUCAACUUGCGCAAGCUGGCGGCCAGAACAAUUCAUCAGGCCAAAGUGAUGACAACCAGAACGGUUUGGAAAGACCUGGUGGAGCCGCUGAAGGAGGAAAUCAACACGUCAAAGCAUCGGCAUACAAAUCUGCAAGAUCAAUUUAACGAGGCCAGAUCGGAGUUCCUCCGUGAAAUCGCCGCUCUUCGGGACGAAGCGCGUGUCCGCGGAGAUCCUGCCAAAAUGCUGGAGCAAUCUGGGCAGCUGAAGGACGUCAUGUUUUUCUUCGAACCUAUGAAGACAUUGCAGCCACACGAGCUGCAGUACUGCUUGGAGGUCAUCAAGGAGAAGCUAAAGAUGAUUUUUGAAGGCAACGCAUCUGUGACGCAAACUGUGAAUUUUGGCCAAAUCGAGCGGCUAAAAGAGCUGCUUGUAAGUAGCGAAGUGGCCAAGCAAAAGGAUUUGCUGCUUAAAAAGGCGGCGGAGAUCUUGGAGCUAGAGAAGGAGCGUCGCCACCUGCAGCGCGAGCUGGCGAUUGCUUCGAAGAUGGGAAGGGAAGCCAGAUUUGGAGCAGAAUCUGCAUGUGUCGCAUCAGAGAAUGUGCUGGCAACUGUUUCUGCGGAAAGCGAGCAACUCCGAGCUGAAGUUGAGCAGCUGAAGGAAACAAGCUCCCGAAAGGAGGCAAUGAUGAAGAAGGUUUCGGAGCAGAUGCGAAAGUUGCAGCAUGAGCGCGACAAUGCUCUCAAGGGGGUUCAGGAAAACCAGGACUAUUCCAAGGAACUCCAGGACAAGCUCAAUCAGGUCGAAGCUGAGAAGAACACCACUUCGCAAGUGCUUCUCAACACCCGCAGGGAAUUGCAGUUGCUGGAGGGUCGAGAAAUGAUUCUGAAUGAGCAGCUGGAGAGACAGCGAGUGUAUGGAGAGACAUUGAUCCACGAGAAUGAGGCGCUCCGCAAGACGCUGGCCCGAUGGCAGGAGCGUCGCAGAAGUCAACUGGAGAACGAAAUCAAGCCAUUCUGGGAGCGCGAUGGCGCUUUGGCAGAUCCUGAGGUUGAGGCAACUGAGCUUGGUGAUCCUAAGCCUGAGCCAGACAUUCCGUUGGAAGCAAACGAGCUCAUCAUCCAGCUGAGACAAAGUGAUGAGCAGCUGCAGGCUGCCAUGACAACCCAAACUCAAAUGUCUACUCGCAUGUUUGACCUGGAGCUGGAAAACAGGCAGCUAAGGCAGCUGCUGGAGCAGCAGGCGCAGCAGGCGGUCCAGCAUGGUGCUGCCUUAGAGCAGCAGCAUGCCGAGUCAUUGGCUGGCAUCCUGCAGCGAUUGACUGGCACCCGCAAAAAGGACCUUGGCAAGCAGAAGACGCAACCAUGGGAUGUCCACUCGACUCCUCAAGAGCCAUUGUUUCAGCUGUCGCCGAAAUCACGCGCGGCAAAACUGGAUGAGGACUCAAAGCGCCCAGUCUUUGCUCUUCCCUCAGAGGACAGCAGCGCACAGGGCGCCAACCAUGCACAAGCUUCAAGACAUGAGGACAGGGAGAAGCUGGGUGAUCGAGCAGCUUCAGCUGUUACCACGAUGCAGGGCCGAUUGCAGAAGCUCCGCACACUGACCACAGCCCUGCAUUUGUCACUAGAAGGAGGCGCACACCCUUCAGAGAGUGGAGGCGAUGGAAGCUAUGAAGGAGGCUUCCCAAGCCCGAGUUCUUCUGCCGCUGCAUCUGCACGGGAGGCAGCUCUUGCCGCACAGGAGCUUCACGAAGAGCUGGAUGGAAUGUGUGAAGUCACCACUUGCGUGGCCAACGCUUUGAAGUCCAGUGUGGAAGAGAUGGCGCAAACGCGUGCAGCAGUCGCCAUGAUGAGUGACCAGGUUCAGAUGGCAGAGGCAGCGCUGAAAAGCUCGCCAGCCCUUCAGUCUGAUGAGCAGCUCCAGAGAUGCUUGCUGAAAAUGGAGGGGCUGAAAUCCUCCACCCUCGUCACUGAAGUCACAGGUGUAUUUGGGCGCUUGUGGGCCGACAGCAUCGACCGACAAGCUCGCAGAUUCCGGCGGCCACAAGAGCAUGUGGCAAGCAUGGCCCCUCCAGUGUACGUGCUGUCAGCAGACUCGGCUGCCAGCGAUGCGCCUACAAAGCGCCACAGUAUGCCAAACAUCGCAGAGGCUUCUGGCCCGCCGGGCAUUCCUAGUAUGCCAAGCACUGCGCUGCCAAGCCCGGGAGUGCCGAGCAGUGCUCGCUCUUCGAGAGAUCUAAUAGUCGAGUCGCGACGUCCUUCCAAAUCCCCGUCUCCAUCACCGUCGCUUGUCGCUACCACGAUGGAGUUGCCGUUGGACACGCGGAGGCCGUCAAAGACGCCCUCCCAGCCCGACCGCAAUGAGCUGCUGCCACCCGCGUCCCGUCUCAACUCCAAGCGGCGGGCUUCAGCUCCGGAGGUGUCGUGGUCGGAGGCCAGAGCUGCUUCGAAGCCGUUGCCACCUGGGUCAGCCGGGUCAGCGCUCAUUAUUCGAGCAGUCUCGCCCAGCCCCUCCGUAAGAUCACAGAACCCCGAAGAGGCGUCAGAUGUGGACGUGGAUGAUCUUGCCAUCCUGCCCCAGGCGCCUUCCUUCCCAAGGAAGCUCCCGCGUUCUCCAAGACCUUCAUCAGCUGUUCGGUGCAAACCGAGCGACAGAGAUGACGCGUCAGACGUGGAGGACAUGGAUGACCCCUUGUCGCAGGCCCGAGCGAGACCACGAACAGUGCCGCCGUUGACUGCGGCAGGACCUAAAGGUGAUCCAUGUGGACAGCGUGCCACUUCCAAAACAUCAUCGCGGGACCAUCGGCCGGGGCAAGCAAAGCUUUUGGUUGGAUGCUCCUGAUUACGUUGGUAUGAUGUGUGCAUAUACUUCUGACCGUGUGUUGACCAGAAUAAAAAUGUGUCGUUUGGCCAGCUAGCUCGCAACACUGACCA